GUGUGUGUGUGUUCUUUUUGCUUUUGUUUUGCAGAUGUUUUCAGCUCUACUAUGUGGUUGGAUCUUCGGGCUGCGGUUCCCCAGGGAUCCAGUGCUUUACAAUCCCUUGCAAGUUCUCUUCCGGAUGUUGCGUUGGCUAGCAGAGCACCCAGUACUUCCUCCAAAUAUUUUUCUUCUUACAACAGAUGUAGGUCUUGGGCACGAGAACAUGGCUUGACAGUUUUUCCUGCUUCUCCGUUUCACUUUGCUAUCUAUUUGCGUCAUUUAAUGACUGAGGCGAGGACAGCAUCUCCCCUGGAGUCAGCAUUUCACAGCAUUGCCUGGUGUCACCAGCUGGGUAGCGAGCCGUCUCCUUCUGAUCAUCUGUUGGUGAUGAGUAUUCUUGUCGGUGCGCAGCGUUUGCUGGCCCAUCAAACAACAAAGAAGGAGCCUAUUACAGUCUCUCAGUUAGAGCAGUCAGUGGCCUCCAAGGCGGACUCAAUGGCCUCUUUGUAUAAUAUUCGUUCAGUUGUUAUUUGCUUACUAGCUUUUGCUGCCUUUCUCAGAUUUGAUGAGCUUGCUAAGCUUGUUCGAUCCGAUGUUAAGAUC